CUAAGCCAGCCCUAAAGCUGCCGGAAGUGGUUUCCUACCGGAAGAUAAUAGAAUACGGGCCGGUGCCGGAUGUUGCUGUGGUUUUAGUCCAGUGGACGCUAACGGGUAGGCGGGCUGCGCAGGCGCAGAGCGCCCUGGCCACGCCGGCUAAGGUAGCCUCAGCACGGGAUGCGGCGACUGCCCUGAACCAGCAUGGCCGCGGCUGACGAGCUGGCCUUCCACGAGUUCGAGGAAGCCACCAGCCUCCUCGCUGAGACCCCAGACGCUGCCACCAGCAGCAGGAGCGCUCCGCCGAGCUCCCCUGGCCACGUGGCGGUGGCCGUGGGCCCCGGUGGCGGCUUCGGAGCGGAGGAGGAGGACGAGGAGCAGGGUGACAAGGCCGCGCUGCUGCAGCCGGAGAGGCCGCCGCCCGGGUUCUGGACCUUCAGCUACUACCAGCGGUUCUUCGAUGUGGACACCUCCCAGGUGAGCUGCAGCCCCGCCCGGGUUGGCGGCCUGCGAGGGUGGGGACCCCGCGGAUGCACGGCCGAGCAGGUCGGGGCGCGAUCACCGAGCCGGAGGAGGGACCGGGAGCAGGUGCGGAAGCUGCGGGCACAGCCUGGGGCCCCUGGCGGCAGGCUGCUUGUCUUGGGAUGCAGUCCUGCCAGGUCGCCUGCGCUGGCCUCAAACCCGAGCUCAGGAGUCUGUCUCAGCCUCCUAGUGGCUGGGCGCCAGGUGCCCCCAGUGUGCCCCGCUGUGAGCUGUGUCACAGUCAGCAGGGGUCUGGGCUUUCUGGGAGGUGGUGGGGAGCCGUGGAAGGUUCCAGGUGGGACGAGCACACACGGAAGAGACCUGCUCGAGCCCCGGGCCAGCUGGGUGCCCGUGAAGCCGGGCACAGAGGACAGGACAGACUCGGGCUGGGAGUGGGCUUGGUGCCCCAGGAGCCGCCCGCGAGCCAAGGAGGGAGGCGGGGCUCUUCCGGGCAGUCCACGGGCGGAAGCCUGGCACUGGGCUCGGCCACAGGUCCUGGACCGGAUCAAAGGCUCACUACUGCCCUGGCCUGGCCACAACUUCGUGCGGCGCCAUCUGCAGAAUCGGCCCGAUCUGUACGGUCCCUUCUGGAUUUGUGCCACCUUGGCCUUCGUCCUGGCUGUCACCGGCAACCUGACCCUGGUGCUGGCCCAGAGGAGGGACCCCUCCAUCCACUACAGCCCCCAGUUCCACAAGGUGACCGUGGCAGGGAUCACCAUCUACUGCUACGCGUGGCUCGUGCCGCUGGCGCUGUGGGGCUUCCUGCGGUGGCGCCAGGGUGUGCGGGAGCGCGUGGGUCCCUACAGCCUGCUGGAGACCGUGUGCGUGUACGGCUACUCGCUCUUCGUCUUCAUCCCCAUGGUGGUCCUGUGGCUUAUCCCCGUGCCGUGGCUGCAGUGGCUCUUUGGGGCGCUGGCCCUGGCCCUGUCCACAGCUGGGCUGGUGCUCACGCUGUGGCCCGUGGUCCGAGAGGAUACCCGGCUGGUGGCCGCGGCCCUGCUGUCCACGGUGGUGCUGCUGCACGCGCUGCUGGCCCUGGGCUGUAAGCUCUACUUCUUCCAGCCACUGCCACUGCAGCAGGCGGUGCCUCCCGCCCAAGUGACGCCGGAGAGCCCGCGCACACCGCCGUCUCCUGCCCUGGCCCGGUCUGCGGUCACCUCCUAGGAGGCCUGGCCGCCCGGGGAGCUUGCGCUCUGCUGCAGACACGAGGACCAAAGGCACCACCGACCCGGGCAGACUUUUCUUACAAAGCAAACACUUUUAUUUUCUAUGCAAAGGUGAUCCAGAGAAUUUAUAUAAAGGCAGGGAGGGCAGCCGAGCAGGGAGCUUCCAGGGCAGCUUGGGGGACACAGCCAGGGACCCCGCGGAGGGGCGGGGCAUCUGAGGGGCCCACCCUGCCUAGGGCACACGAGUGGCCUGGCCCGGCCUGAGCCCCGCUUCGCAGAUUUGGAGAUGGGGUGCUGGGCACAGACACCGCCUGUUCUGGGACACACUGUCCGAGUCCCUCUAUUUUCUUCCUUUAGGGGAGGGGUGGUCUCUGGGAGCCAGGCUCCGACGAGGGUCGGAGUGGGCAGGACAGCAGCGAGGGCACAGGACGGGAUGGGACGGGACGGAGGUGUACAUUCAAGUGUGAGGUGACCCCGGGGCGCCGGGCCCGGGCCGAGAGGGGCUGCUGGCUGCGCCCGGCCGGCCGGGUUUCUCAGAGGGUCUGUGGCUUGACACUGGUUCUUUUCGUAAAAAAAUAAAAUUAAAAAAAGCAGCA